GAGGGUCUGGACCUUGCGGAAGGGAGAGGCCACCAAGGGCACAGGAGGAGAUUGAAGGGCAGGGGAUCAGGGCAGGGAAUGAGCGGGAUUGGGGGGUGGGAUCCGUGUCGACAGCUUUGGGGCAGGACCCCCGGCUGCUGUGUCUUCCCCUCGUCCCCUCCCCCCGCUGCUGGGCUCAAAGGUCAAGCCCCCUUUGCCAUGGACAGGGUCAUGCAGCUGAGCUGGCUUCUGGUCUUCCUGUCCCUCUGCCUGGGUGUCCUGCCCACCAGGGCAGGGGAGGGGAAGCGAAAGCUCCAGAUCGGAGUAAAAAAGCGGGUGGACCACUGCCCCCUCAAGUCCCGCAAGGGUGAUGUGCUCCACAUCCAUUACACAGGGAGGCUGGAAGAUGGCACUGAGUUUGACAGCAGUCUGCACCGUGACCAGCCCUUUGUCUUCUCCUUGGGAACAGGCCAGGUCAUCAAGGGCUGGGACCAGGGGCUCCUUGGGAUGUGUGAGGGGGAGAAGCGGAAGCUGGUGAUCCCAUCAGAGCUGGGAUAUGGGGAUCGAGGAGCUCCCCCGAAGAUUCCAGGUAGAGCCACAUUGGUGUUUGAGGUGGAGCUGCUGAAGAUUGAGCGGAGACCUGAACUCUAGCAGAGGGGUUGGGAAGAGAAUGGGGAGGGGGGAAGGAAGGGAGGGAA